UAGACUGCGCCUCUCCCUGAACAAUAGGGAGCGUAUGUGGUGACGCCAUCAGAGUGCGCCUCUGGCGGUGUGUCCUGUCCUCGAGAAGGUCGCGUUCCCGGCGCUGGGCGAGUGGCGCUCGGAAUGGCUGGCUACACCCCCGACGAGAAGCUGCGGCUGCAGCAGCUGCGCGCCCUGCGGCGCCGCUGGCUCAAGGACCAGGAGCUGAGUCCGCGCGAGCCCGUUCUGCCCCCGCAGAAACUCGGGCCAGUGGACCGCUUCUGGAAGCGCUUCCUGCAGCCGGGCUCCUUCUGGCGGCUGCAGACUUUCAAGCUGUACAGAGCUGGUGUAUAUACUGUAGGUUGGCUCCUUAUUCCUGCCUGGAUUGUUGACUACUAUACCAAAUACCAUAUAAUGCUGACUUGUAUCCUGGUCUUGCUCACUCCUGCUUCCUUACUAUUCACUGACAGAAUAAAGCUCACUGCUUUCCUGAAGAAGUAAUAACAUUAUCACUGCGCCACAAUUCAGUGAACACUCUUAUUAGGCCAUUGCCUGUGGAUCUUUACCCUGGGAGAGCCUUUUCAUUUAUAAAGUAUUUUGAAAACUU